AUGGCACUACAGUCCGGUUCACCGAGCGUUCGUGAUGAUUAUCGUUGUCACACGUGUCGACAACAAAAUGUUUUUCGCUGUGAACAUGACACUCGGUAUCGUGAUCAAUUCUUAGAUAAUUUCGGUGAAGAAAAUCAUUCCACAUCGGCGAAAACGUCUCUAGAUGCCUACAAUGCAGCAAAUCAAGAUCGUAUGAAUGAUCGACAAAGAUCUUCUCAGGCAAUAUCAAUAGCCUCCCAUCCCAUUGGCGUCAGACCGAUAAACACCCGAAAAACGGAAACAAAAAAGAAGUGCUGCACUAUCUUAUAG